CGGCAUAUACCUACAGCUCUACAAUGCGCUACACGAGCCUCUGAACAUGGGCCGCGAAAAGACAAGGCAGCGGAUUGCCAUCCGUAAGGCCUUUGCGCCCAAGAAGAACAAACCUGCAACGACGCACACCAAGAACCACCGCUUCGAGUCCUUCAGUCAACGGGUAGCACGCCUUAAAAUCGAUCCAAUACGCCGCGACCGUGGGCUUAACGACGAUAGGGACUUGGAGGGACUAGAAUCACAUUUUAAGAUUGCGUUGGACAAAUGGCGAGACCUGAAUCUUUCGGAAGACUUCACGCGGUUCGCCAGAAAGGUUGCGCCUUUGAGCGAGAACCUGCCUCAGGUGCUGCACCACCAGAAUGAGAUCGUGGAUGCACUGCUCGAGUCGAUUCAAGACAGCAAGGCGGUGUCUGCAGAGCCGCUGCUGGACCUUGUCGCGCACCUGGCCAGGGACUUGCAGAUCCAGUUUGAGAACCACUUCGAGCGUACGGUCACCGUUGUAGCUGGAGUGGCCGCGAGGCACUCUGAAGUCGAAGUCGUGGAAUGGUGCUUCAACUGUCUCACCUGGCUGUUCAAAUAUCUUGAACGAAUCCUGGCCACGGACAUCCGGCCGCUCUUUGACCUUCUGAAGCCGUAUCUUGGAAAAGAGCGGCAGAAGCCCCACGUCUCUCGAUUCGCUGCCGAGUCACUUAGCUUUCUGGUGAAACGAGUAGGCAAGCGACCAGAUGCCACGAGACGGUUCGUCAGACACGUUCUUAGUGAUCUUGAAGAGACAGCGAAAGAGAAGGACACUGAGCUAUACGAACACAGCUUAAUGGCUUUAUUUCUUGAAGCGAUCAAGGGUGUUAAAGAAGCGUUGCAUUCGUCUGGCCCUACGAUUUUCGCGUCAUUGCUGGCUGAAGUGCUGGACCUCCAUCUAGAUGAAAACUCUACCGAAUCCACGUCACGACUAGUUCGCGGUAUAUUCUUACAGCUUGUUCACCAUGCUUCAGCCGAAAAUCUUGCACCUCUAGUGCAUGAAAUCAUAUCCGAGGCAGAGAAAGACAUCAACGUUCAAAGCGAGCGUGGCAAACGCGCCAUCAUUAUCGCGUCUCAACUUCUCCUCCUCGCCGUGAAUGUGAAGAGUGGUCAGCGUGUCUCAAACUGGACAGCGCUUUUCAAACACAUUAGCGGUCAAGUCGAGCUUCUCACAGGAGCUAACCCUUCCGACCACAAAGAUGUUGCUGUCGAGGUGCUGUCCGUCCUCGCUGUAGCUCAUCAGAAAUGUCCGCUGGAUGCCGCACUAUUGUCGCUGACUACACUUGACAAACUUUGCAGCAAGACGUGGCAAAAUUUCUUUCUCGGAUUCUGCCAUCUGUACGCCGAGUACGGCAGAGAUCGAUUCCAAUCAUUCGUAUUCCCUCGACUGCAGAGAUUUUUGGCAACACAUUGGGAAGGGCAGAUCAAGGCGAUCAGCAUACUCGUACCGAAGCUGGUUCGCGAAGGGUUAAUCAUGCCGCAAGCAGUAAAGCUACCAGAUGGAAUGGUAGAUGAAUUUGCAACCCAAUUCGCACUUUUCCGAGAAAAUGGGGAGGAGUGCGAUAAGCAAUCCUUCGAAUGUGACGGCAUCCUGAAACUUUUGGAUGUCGCAAGCGGAGCGGACAGGCAGUUUGACAAAGUCAACCAACUUCUAUACCUUGCCCUUGAAGAGCAGCUGCAGUCAUGCAAGAAUACGCAGUUUCGCUCCUUUGUUCUCGGAGAUGGCUUUUUGCAUCUUGCUAAGAACGGGUCUGGGCAAACGAUAAAUCUUAAUCAUCUAUUACCACUGAUUGCUAAUGCCGCAAGUGGUCUGAAGGAUUAUCCGGCAUUCUUUCAAGCUGUGGCAGCAUGCUUUCAGAGCUAUGGUAAAGUUCAAAGACUGCAAGGAUCAUCUAGCUUGCAGAAAUUGCGUGACGUACUCUUGCAAUGCCUCUCGUCACGUUCGCACAACAUAAGACUUGCGUCGCUGGUGAUACUAAGUCACCUGGUCUCCGAUGAUGACCAAGAAUGGAAAAAUGAACUGAGUGCAGCCAUUGAGGUCGAAGAGACGGAGCCUAGUCUCGAGACGGCAAGGUAUAUCUCGAUGAAGAUACAGAACCUUGGUAUGCGCUACAAGAGCUAUGCCUCAAAGAGCAUCCUAUUGGCACAGGCUCUGCCCAGAUGGCUGUUUGGUCUUCUUCACGUGCAAUUCGCACAGAUGUGGGAAGAUGCUUGCGCAGCACUGAAAGUGAUUGGCGAGACGAAGGAGGGUGAAGAAGUCAUCUGUGACGUCGCCUUUCAGUGGUUGAGCGAUUCUCCAUUGAGAGAUGACCAGACAGCAUCGCCACCAGAGUCCUCUGAGGGAAUUCUUGGUGACUACUUUUCAAAGAUCAGAAACGCGACUGUGGGGCGUUUAACAUUUGCUGAUUAUGCGGAUGUGACGCUGCAAAAAGAAUUUGACGAACGACAUUUGCGUGUAGCGAUCCUGACUCCUUUUAGUCGGACGCAAGCACUAAAAGUUCUCAAAGCGGUUCCACAGUUAGCAGAAAAAAAAGCGAGACAACUGGUACCUGUUUUACUCUCUUGGUCAACAAACAGUGGUGACAGCGGCGAUAGUGGAGUCGCGGAAAAUACAGACGAAUAUGACGAAAGCCAGGCAUUCGAAGACAGCCAUGACGAGCAUGUUCAAUGGCCUCGAAAAGAUCAAAAAGAUCUACUUACCUUGUUUGCGGCAUUCAAUAAUCCGAAAGUGCUGUACAAAUCUGGAGAGGUAUACUCCACUCUCUUGUCCUUUAUCGCUCAUGGCGAUGUAGAGAUUCAGAAGUCGUCUCUGCUGGCCAUCCUCGCAUGGAAAGACAAAACCCUGAAGAAGUAUGCAGAUGAAUUAUUCAAAUUCCUUGAUGAAGCCCGACUGCGGGAGCAAUUGACGGUCUUCCUCGAUGGAAACGGAGAAAACGCACUAGCUUUGGAAGAUCGUCCGGCUGUUAUACCCAUUGUUCUCCGCCUUGUAUACGGUCGCAUUAUCGCCCGUUCGCGAAACGAGCGAGGUAGUAAUCGCAAGGCUGUUUUCAUCAUUCUUGCGAAAUUCAGCGAAGACGAGAUCAAUGAUUUCCUUGAUGUCAUUCUCGCUCCGAUGGCUAGUCAGAACGAUGCAAAGAAUGUACCUUCGAAAAGACAAAUUGGCAUGCUGAAUAUGGUCAAGGACCUUCUGGAGACAUGGAGGACCACGGCUGCGCCAUAUGUACAUCGCCUUGUUCCGCCUGUUAGCGCAUGCUUAAUAGGUUCAGCUACAAAUGCGGACGGUGCCACAAAUCUGUCGAAAGCUUUGAGACAUGUUGCAAUGCAAUGUCUUAACCUAUGUUUUGAAGCUGGGGACGACUUCAAUUUUACGCCGUUCAUGCCGGACCUCUUCGAGCACAUAGUGCGUCCAAGACUAGAAAGGUUCGCGGAGGAGAAUGCACAAGGCGUGAGUGCGUUGCUGAAAAUGCUAGCAAUUUGGGCAAAGUCUGGCAAGCUCUCCAAGCAUCUUUUCGAACACGAUACACUAUUAUUGCCUAAGGUCAUUGAAUGUGUGUCACUUCAAGCUACGAAAGAGCCGGUGAAACGUUUUGUGCUCAACGACAUAUUGCGUGCGGUCAUUUCAAAUGAAGAAGGCGAUCGCUUCGCGGAGAUGAGAAUCAUCAACAUUUCGACGCAUUUGCUUGAACACAUUGCUCUCUCCAUCCCGCUGAUAUCAAGUAAAGAGCUCAUCGAGGACACGAUCUCAACCGUUGUUGCAGUAUUUCCAUUCUCGAAUUCUUGCCCUCCAUUGCUUUUGUCUGAGGCGGCGAGACUUGUACUACAACCUACGAGAAAGGUGCCACAUCACACGAAAACAGAUCUGCUGGCUAUUCUUUCGCACUUCUUUCCUUCCAUUCUUGAAGACGAAAGCGCGCAAAAAGUCGUUUUCAGUGCGGUCUGCUCGUCGUUCGGGUAUUUUGCGGAUGGCAAAAGUCGAAGCUUACUUGUUGAGGUUGCACAAAAGUUCGCUGACCAAGAUCAUGAGCUGCAUGAAGUCAUAGCUUUGCUAGACGAUAUCAAUGCUUUUCUUCCUAACCACUUAGACACGCCUGAUUUUGAGCGUCGAAGCCGUGCGUUUGGCAUCAUCACCGAGGAACGCUGGACAGGAUUCUCCGCAAAGCAAUGGCGACUCCUCCUUGGCAACCUGCUGUUCUAUAUAAAAGAUACAGAAGAGCUUGCUAUCCGCGCUAGUGCCUCGCACGCUUUAAGACGGUUUGUCAUGGCGUCAUCUUCGAAAACGGGCUCCGAGAAGGACGAUUUCGCAGGAAUGAUGCAAACUCUUCUAAUAAAUAUUGAAAACGGGCUUAAGGAGCAGCCUGAACUUGUGCAGAGCGAACUGUUGAGCGUGCUGGCUGAGAUAGCACGACUGCCAGGUGAUGACAAUUCUGUGUACGAUCUGCACCAUUUGCUCAUGGGUGGCGACGAGGAGGCGAGUUUCUUCACAAAUAUUUUGCAUGUUCAGCAACAUCGACGAGUUCGAGCGAUGAACAGACUUUCGAAUAUUGCAGCAGAUGGUCUGCUGUCGAGUAGAAGUCUGUAUCAUCUUUUGCUCCCAAUACUGGAAAGCUUCGUAUUUAAAGGCGAGGACGGUGUACUUAUUGCUGAAGCUAUAAAAACGACUGGCUCGCUUGUUGAGUGGCUUGAUUGGCAACAAUGCAAGGCGCUAAUCAAGAAGUAUAUCGGCUUUAUUAAGAGCAAGGAAGAUGUACAAGAAACGGUAUUGAAACUGCUUGAUGCUGUUACCAACGGCUUCAGCCGAUCAGCUGCUCUUCGUGCGGAAUCAAGAACAAAUCCAGCUCCACAAAAGGAAGCAUGUGGGGAUGAGGAUGAUGAGCAGAUGGAUCAAACUACUGCGACGGCUACAAAACUUGCGAAGACUUUGCCUGGGGCCGAGAAGCUCUCCCAAUAUAUUAUUGACGAGACUCUGCCACCUUUGUCCAUCUUCUUAAGAGAAAAAGACGAAUCCUUUGUAAGUCGGCGAAUAUCUGUUGCUCUUAUCGCGGCCAAGUUUGUGCAGCUACUCCCAGAGAUGGAAUUUCGCCUGCGGUUUCCACCACUCCUCACAGACGUGUGCAAUAUUUUGCGAAGUAGGGAUCAAGGCUCGCGAGAUCAAACUAGAAGAGCCCUUUCGUCUAUUUGCAUUCUAGCAGGACCUUCCUCAUUCGGUUAUAUUUUGCGAGAGUUACGAGGUGCUCUGCAAAGAGGCUUCUACUUGCACGUAUUAGCCUUCAGCGUGCAUUCCAUACUUGAGCAAACAAUUGCAAAGUUCCAGCCUGGAGAUCUUGAUUAUUGCCUUGAGGAUAUCGUCGAUGUUGUCGUUGAGGACAUCUUUGGAAAUACUGGAAAAGAGAAGGACCUUGAAGAUUACAAAGCCGACAAGAACACAAGGAAGGAAGUCAAAGGCAAGAAGAGCUUCGACACUAUGCAAAUUUUGGCAAGUGUGACAACACUUGGUUAUCUAAUCCAGCUUGUUCGGCCUAUUCAAGCGCUGCUAUCGGGCAGCCUUUCCGUAAAGGAAGUGCGGUAUGUGGACGAACUGCUCAGACGCAUUGAACUUGGUGUGCUCCAAAAUGAAAGUCUGAAGAACAGGGACAUAUUGAGAUUUUGUUAUGAGAUUGUGCAAGAGGCUCAUCGAGUCGCCCCACCAGUUGUGCAUCAAAAGACGAAGCAAAAAUCAUCAACCGGAUUGGUGGAGUCUGCAUAUCUUCUUCAAGCACCAAGAAAGACGUCUCAGCCAACAUUACACGCUUCUGAAGCGAGCGCCAAGAUCACACGAUUUGGGUUAGAGCUUGUCCGCAGCGUUCUCAAGAAGAACAAGGAUCUUCUUACGCCCAGUAACGUCUCUGGAUUCAUGCCUCUUAUGGGCGAUGCGCUGCUUAGUCCAAACGAAGAUGUUAAGCUUGCUGCUUUACGUCUAUUCGUCGGCAUAAUCAAUGUACCGCUGCCACGGAUCGACGCGGAUGCACCGGUUUACAUUGCAGAAGCAGCAAAUAUAAUCGAGAAUGGUCAAAACAACGGUGGAGAGCUCGAGCAAGCUGCGCUAAAAUUGAUCUCCGCUGUGCUUCGCGAGCGCAAAUCUGCUCCUGUCAAAGUCAAGCCCAAAACUAUCUCAGUCCUUCUCAAGAAGUUGAAAGGCGAUUUUCAGAUCAUCUCUCAGCAGGGCGCCGCUUUCAAUCUUCUACGAAGUAUCAUUAGCCGACAGAUUAUCGUCCCUGAACUUUAUGAGGUAAUGGACGGUGACGAUGGCGUCGCUGCUAUUUCCGUGCGCGACCACGAUCGCACAACCAGAGAUCUAGCUAGAAGCAUAUACUUCCAGUUUCUCAUGGACUGUCCGCAAGGCGAAAAGAGAUGGACAAAGCAGUUAGCCUUCUUGCGAGGUAACCUUGAGUACGAUCACGCUGAAGGCCGGAAGAGUGUAAUGGAAACAAUACAUCUUCUCCUGAACAAAGUUGGCGAUGAACUCGUGGGCAGCGUUGUCAAGGAAGUGUUUUGGCCACUAGUCAGUGUUAUGGUCAAUGAUGCAGACACAGACUGCAGAGAGAUGGCGGCGCGGUUGGUCAAAGAGGUCUUCGAACGAGCAAAUGAUGAAUGGCUCCAGAAUUUCUGUGGCUUAUGCGAAAGACUUCUGAGUCAGGGCAAUGCUGUUCAGAAGCGAACCGCCCUCCAGUGUUGGACGUUGUACCUGGAGGUUAAAGAAGAGAAUGCUGAGGGCGUAGAAUCUGUGCUCGCGAACGUCAAAGACAUCCUCGCACAGCGUGAAUUCGAUGCUGAGCAAUGGCAGCUUGUAUAUUGGGCUUUGCACACCUUUGUGGCUGUCACACAAGCGCGAAGAACGGAAAGCGGCGCAAAUGACACAGAGCAGAUAUGGAUUGACGCCAGACGGUGUAUCAAUUUCCCUCAUCUAUGGGUCAAGCAGGAGGCCGUGAAUAUGAUUACAGUCCUGUUCACGCAGAUUGCCUCUUCUGGCAAUGUGUUUGACUCGUUCCCACUACCAAGCUCAUUCGAGGUUACCUUACAAGCAAGCGAUAUGUGCGAGCUGGCAAGCCGCCACCUGCGAUUGCUCAAAGAUGGUGUCACGAGGGAGUUAGCGGCUUCGACUGUUCGAAAUCUGGCUUUUAUUGGCAAAAUAUUUGCGACAACUGGUAUUUCGUGGCAGUCGAAUGCAAGUAGCAUGCUCGCGGUGAAGGAGCUAGACGACAAUGAGGAAGUAUUUCAAGGUCUUUCCGACGCAGAAGAAGAGGAACAGGAAGAUGUUGAGAACGUCGACGACAACCUUACCGCGAUCAAGUAUCUGCUGUCCAAACUUGCUGCUAUCAUUCGACGGCAGCUAGGUAAAAUGAUUGUUCCAGGUCCACGACAAGCGGAUUCACUAUUACCUAAGAGCGCAGCCUUAAGUCUGCUUGCAGCGUUGUGUAACACUCUCUCUCUAGAGGCCCUAGAAGAAUCUGCCGUUGUGAUCCUUGAACCUCUUGUUCAUCUCACAUCUCCGGACCUGUCUGUGACAUCGUUCAGCACUGCGGACUUCAAGAAUGCUCACGAAGAGCUUGUUACAAAUGCUACAGAGUUACAGGAUACAUUACGAAACAAGCUUGGCACUUCAGCAUUUGUUGAUGCGUUACAACGAGUCAAAGCUGCCCGAUCAGCGAGACGUGAGGAGCGCAGAGCCAAACGUAAAAUCGAUGCAGUUGCAAGGCCGGAAAUAGCUGCAAAGAAGAAAGCCAAGAGAAUGGAACGCGAGAGUGAGAAAAGAAGAGCAAAAAACAGUCUAGAAAGAGGUAGGCGCAGAGGAUGGUAAAUUUCUACACCAAUCUGCAUGCCUUUCAUGUUAGAUUUUGGAUACCCCUCUAGAAAUGAAAGUUCUUUACCCAA